AUGGCGCGUAACUUCCCGAACUUUCUCGGUCUCGUCGAGCUCCUCACGUUUCUCGUCUUCGACUUCCUCUACGCGCGCGCGUUGAGUGCGCACAACGCCCUCCACCCCGAGCUCGAGGAGUGCGCGCCGGCGGGGUCGCCCGAUUUGGAUCCCGUGCGCGUCUUCGACGGCCUCGCCGCCGCCGCGGCGGAGGCCGUGGAGCACCCCCCUCCCACGGCCUCCGCGUUUUUGUUUUUUUCCUCCCCCAAAGAUCGCGAAGGAAGCGGCGGAGAUGGAAGCGACGGAAGGCCGACGGUCCCGUCGCCCGACGCGAAUCCCGCCCCCUCCUGGAGUGCCCUGCACGCGACGGUUGUGCUGUGCGGGAUCGCGGCGCCGGUUUUGACGCUUCUCGCGUUGCUUUUUCCCUCGGCUUUUUCGUGGACGCUUUUGUCGAUCCCGGGGUGGUUCGCGUACCUCGUGGUGGCGCCCGGGCUCGCCGCGGCGGUGCUCUAUGCCGCGCGCGUGAUCACGCUGCUCGAGUUGGUGGAAGUUUCCAAAACGCGAUGGAUCUCGAUGAUGUGGUUUCGUCUGGAUUUUCUGUUCAUCAUGAGCGGGGUCGCCCUGUUCGGGGCGGGGGCGUGGCUUGUCGCGCUUUGCCUUUGCAGCGUCGCCGUCUACUCUGUGUAUCGCCUGAUUAAAAUGGAAAAGCAUUUGAAUAAAGUGCAGCGCGAUACGCAGCUCGUUCGCGACGAGCUCGACGUUAGUCGGGUGUUGAAACCCGGAACGGCGGAAUCGAAAUGCGCGACGGAUAUCCACGAGGGCUACAGCGCCGUGCGCGCGUAA